AUGGCGACGAAGCGAAAGUUCACCGAUGCGGAUCUCUCAGAUGACGAGGACCUGUCUCCGGGAAAGCAGGUGCUGCCAGUUGCAAACCUGCCUCUCAAUUUCGAUGGCGUACCAGUAGAUGGGAUGCAGUAUUUAUUCACUGUCAGGCGCGAUGCUCGCAAGCUACCCAACUUCACGCGCGUAGCAAAUCCCUACGAAAUUGGAGAGGAGUCUGUUGUCGAACAGGCCGACGCGAGCCCCAAUCCAGCACAUUCGCGCCUCCCUUCAGAGGCAUGGCGAACAAAGUUCUUAUGGCGCUUCAAGAAUUUUCGACAGAACUCGUUGCAGUCGACAACGCAUGCGCACGCCCCUGCUCUUAGCUCAUCGCGUAAGGUAAUUCCGGACAAAAAGGAGCGCGAUUUAUGGUGGGCCUUUCUUCGAGGUCGCCCCUCGUCCGAGUGGGAUCCUCCAAAGCAGGUAAAACCUCCAAAGCAGAAUCGGUAUAGCCGAGGGCGAGACGACAGGUUCGGGGGAGGAAUGCGGGGGUUCUCGGUCGACUACUAUUCUGCCGAAUCCCUGUAUGGAUCCCAAGAACAGAUGCCGGUAUUGUCCACGUCUCCUGGCCUCUGGUCUCCAAGUACGAAGCCUCCGGCUGGGUCUGGAAGUUUGUCAGAUUCUUCAACAGCCAUGCCUAUUUUUUCAGAGAUUCCGGUGCAGCCAGACACCAGAGAAGAGGCGAGCGUAGCGGUACUUCGUUCCGAGGACUCUGAUCCGCAGCCGGACGCGCCUCCGGAACCGACGCCUUCGCUGCUGCAACAUAUUGAUCAUCGUUACGCUCUGCAUUUGCUCAUGUACUUCACGCACUGGAUCAAUCUUCACUUCGAACAAGGUCCUGAGACGUCAUUUCAGUUCACGAAUGCUCAUGCGCGCUGGAUCUUUGUUCUGUUGUCUCAUGUGGAGGACUACAUUACUGCAGAUGAGACAAGCUUACUUCGCAAUCUCGCUCGAGCGUGUCUGUCUUUGAUAGAAGAGAGGGAGCGUUUGCGCACCAGGUCAUCUACCGACGAAGGCUCGUCUGAUGGCCAAACCCAUAUGGAUGAGCGCUCAUGUUGGAUGGUUGUCACUGCAGUGGCUGGAAUCUGGGGCCAAAGGGAUCUUUGGAUGGAUGCUGAAGCCAUGUUGAGCACGAUAGGCACUAGUCAGGAAUGA